GUUCUUCAUUACGUAUACAUACGGUAAUGAUAGUUGGGUAUAUAUAAAUAAGUUUCAAAGAUAUAUACAGCAAGGGGACAAGCCAGACUGUGAUGUUCCUCAUUUAAGAUCCCUUCUUACAAAUCGGGAAUUUUCAUUAAUCUUCUUAAUCAAAGAAAAUCACAUCAAUUAUUGAUUAGCUUUCUUUACUCUUUCACCUGUUUGGUUUUUGGUCGGUUGGUUAAGAGUUUUCCCACCGAUUAAGUUUCGGCCCUAGGGUUUUCCGCAUUGUAAAGGCGUAUAAACAAUUUAAUUGAAAGAUCCAAAAGUGAAUUGUGUACGAACAGCUUUUUAUCGUAAAAAUCUUAGAAAAUAGAGAAAAAUAAGAAUUUUGGUUUUUGAAAGUACUAUAUAAUUAGUUCCAAAACUACUGAAUAAGAUACAUGAUUUUUUUAUGAGUACUUCUCCAUUUCAUGUGAACGCAGUCUCAAGCGCAGAAAUUACAUCUGAAACAAUCUACAAGCUGUAAAACCAGCUUUAAAAAACAAUCUACAAGCUGUAAUGAGGAUAACUUUGUUACUUUAGACCAUCCACAACGGGAUUCCUUAAAGGAAUCCUUAGCGCAAAUCCUUGGGUUUGUUUUAAUAAACUAUUAUUAAUUAUCCUAAUUGAACUAAGGAUUGGUCCGUGGAGAAGGAUUUUAAGGAUCAAGUCCUUGUGUACGUGUCAUCGCUUGAGUGGGUCGGUUUCGGUUUAGGGAUUGGCUUGGGUAAAAAAAAAGAAAAACAUUCUCGACGGAAGGAAAAAAAAAAAAAGAGCUCUGGAGAGAAAGGCGACAUCGCGGCGAUCUCUCUCUCUCAGCUUGACGAAGGUAAAUCCAGGCCUUAAAGUUGUAGAUUUCUCGAUUAAGAUCAGUUUCCAUCUUGUUUGUUGUCUAAAAAGGGCUGGGUUGUGUAGUUUCGAUCGAUUUGGGAAAAGUUUUGAAAUUAGGGUUUCCAAACUAUCUCGGAGAAAAUCGAUUUCGGGAUUCUUUACUUUUGUAGAUAUGGUUUCCAAACAAUUUUGGUUUCAAUCGGAAGCAAAUCUUCUCUUUAUUUCUUAUACGGUUAGAAAUUCCAUUUUUUGUUUCAAUCGAUUAACCGUUUCAAAACCUUUUAUUUUUUGAAUCGAAACCUGUUCUUAUUGAUUUGUCAUUUUUAAUGUUUGCAAUCGAUUACGACGAGAUUGUGUUAUCUUAGGUUUAUUUGUGUUCGAUUUCAAUCUGUUCUUAUGGAUUUGUCAUAUUUGUUCUUAUAAAAUGAUAAUAUUGGUUCCCUGGUCGUUGGUUUGAUGAUGAUUAUUGUUUAUUGGUCGUUGGUUUGAUGUUGGUUUGAUACUCUUACAAUCCGAGCCCAUCUUACCAUCCUUGGUCGUUGGUUUGCUGUAUAUAACUUGCAUCAUUUCUUUCAGGUAAACGAAUAUGGGACAGGAUUACAGUUACAGCCAGCCAUCUUCAUCAUCAAACUCUGUAGACAUAACCUCCCUCCUUGAAGCAGAAUGUCAGAUGUACGCGGAUGAAGCUGAGAGUAGCUACUUCAAUGCUAUGGCGACUGAGUACCAACCUCAACCAGAGGCUGAUGAUGGAAUCCCGACUACAUGCUACUGUGGUGCGGAGCCUGUUAUCCGAUACUCUUACACUCCUAAAAACCCAUACAGACGGUACUUUACGUGCGACAAUGCUGAGGAUGGAGACUGCCACGUUUGGAAAUGGUGGGACGUGGCGGCCAUGGAGGAGAUGAGGGACUUUCAGAGGGAGCUUAGGCAGCUUAAGGGUCAAGUUAAUGAGAGUGAGCAUAAGCUGUGUAUCCUCGAGAAGACAGUAUCCGAGUUUUCAAAGAAGGAAGCAGGAGUUAAGCUAAUGGUCUUUAGCUUAGUUUUAAUAGGGUUGGUGUUACUGAUUCUGCGUGGUGAGUUUCUGUUCCUUGUGAUUCUUUCAUCUCAGUUGGUUAGCAAUAUGAUAGUUUCAUCUCAUUUUUCAGGAAUAUUUGGAAAUGGUUCAAAGGAAUGUCGCGCGUUUCUGUAAUAAGGUAAGAUAUUGGCAUUUUUUUCGUAGGGUAUGUACUUAGUAUUUUGAAUUUUCCUAGGUUGAAUUUUGCAAGCUAAAAUCAUUUAAUGAAUUGGUGUUAAAUGAUAAUAUUUUGCUAUCAACCUUCCUAUCUGUUCUGAUUUGAUUGGCUUUUAUUGCUUCUUAGUUAGUACUUAAACUUAGUCGAAUACUUAAUGUUCCAGCUUCCCAACUGCUUUGAUUUGAUUGCCUUAAUUAGCUCUAAGUCAUAGAAGGCUUACUUAAGCCUCUGUGUCGCUAGUAGAGUGGCACAGAGCAACCAUGGCUAACUCGUCAAGCUAUGUUAACCUACUACAUAGUCAACAUCCAGUUGACCUUGAAUCACCCGAACCUUUUUGGUUCGGUAGCCAAGGUGCUGAUGAGGCUUAUGGGAUGUCUGGUAGCCAAGUUCCUGAUACAGACGCUGC